AUGACAUCUGUGAGCACCGGCAUCCUGAAGCUGUGGGCGGAGCAGGCGUCUCAGAAUCAGCUGAAUGGCGGAGGACUUGGAGUAGUGCAGUCGCUCUGGGGUUACGUCACAACCACCUCUGCUGGAUUUCAUCCCAGUCAGGUGGCUCUUGUUCUGGAUAUAUUAGGGAACGUCACAAGUAAUAUGGAGCUGGAAAGUCUCUAUUUCAGUGUGGAUGCAGUAAACAAAGUUCUCGGCAUUGCCGACCAGCUGAUAAGUGACAUGUCCUCUGAUCCAUCAUUGAGUGUGAAGGAAAGUCUUGGUCCUCGGCUUCUCUGGUGUCUUGAGAAUCUCUUCCCGGUGAUGUCCUUCACUUCCGAACCCUUCAGUUUUUCCUACAAUAACUUAGCCCUCCAAUACACCGUGACCUCAUGUGACUCUCUAGAAGGUAAUCAGAUUAUGCACCUUGAUGUCACCAACACCACCAUAUCUCUGCCCGGAGACUACACCUCAGACUGUGAUGUCACCAUAUUCUCCAUGACUUAUAAACCCCAGAACGGAACAUUUAGCAGUCAGUAUGACAACGGCGGGAAGACGGGUUACUCCUAUUACUUGGCCAGUGAGAUACAAACAAAGGUUAUGAUGCUUAAUAGUGAGAGUAAUCACGUGGCCAAUAUAAAGAUGAUCUUCACGUGUGGGACCAGUGACUGUGACCGGACUGCUGUAUGUGUCUUCUGGGAUUUCACCCUAAACAUGUGGUCAUCAAAGGGUUGUCAAACCCAAGUCACCGAUGGGAUGACCCAAUGUAUCUGUGAUCACCUGACCUCUUUUGCGGUCUUGAUGUCCGGCUCCAUCCCAGGUGACGACCUUAAUGACACCAUAUUGAGCUACAUCACGGAGGUCGGCCUUGUCCUCUCCAUUGUGUCUCUUCUCCUUUGUAUCUCCAUACAAGUCAUUCUUCUGAGGAGGUCCAGGAAGGACGUGGCGGUUUACAGACACGUGUCCAUCCUUCACAUAUCCGCUUUCCUAUUCAUUUUUAACGUCUCAUUUUUGGCCUCUGACUUCAUUAAGCAGGACACCCAGGAGACCCUCUGUGUGGCCCUCACCUUCUGCUCCCAUCUCUCCCUGUUGGGUUUCUUCUGCUGGACCUUGGUGCAGGGAACAUUUUUGGUCUGUCGAUUAGUUUUUGUUUUCCACCAUGUGACAAAGACAGAAUUCCUGGUCCUCUCCAUUGUACUGGGAUAUGUCUGCCCUUUGGCCAUAGCCUUGGGGACCUUCUUGGUGUACUUUCCGCAUCAUUACAAGAUGGACGAGACCUGUUGGCUGGAUAGACGAUCUGGGGCCUUGAUGGCAUUUACUGUCCCAGUCAUAAUAAUUAUGGUCCUAAAUUUUCUCAUUCUCAUCCUGGUGAUCCAGAAGCUUCUCAGACCAUCAAUCUCCGAAGGGAAGAGUGAAGAUGAGGAGGUGGUGAAGAAAUUGGCUAAAGCUGUACUCUUCUGUGUGCCCCAGUUUGGGUUGACCUGGGCAAUCGGGAUUCCCAUAUUUGCAGGCAACAAAGAUCUCUCUUUACAAUACUUGUUUUGUUUGCUCAACCCUCUCCAGGGCUUCUUCAUUCUGCUUUUUGCAUGUCUCAUGGAUAAAAAGGUGAUGGAUCUGAUCAAGAAACGUUUCAUAAAGAGCGCGGACACCAACAGCACGGUAACUACAAUAAGCAGCUGAAUCUCAUCUUACUAUAUGGUUCGGCAGGAAGAGAGUUGGCCGAGAAGAAACCAUUCAAGGUUGUCUGGAGGAUUUCCUCAAGAUCUCACUCAAGCGCUGAUGGCCCGUCCUUCAUAUAGAACAUUCAUGUUUGGUUGGUUGGACUCCAACCCUAAAUACAACCAGGCUGGUCCUUAGCCCCGUUCACUAAAAUGGGAGGUCCUAGUGGUCCAGGGAGCGAACAUAUGAGGUGCUGUAUAGUGCGGUCCUCAGCCUGUACAGCCAGUAAAGCCACCCUGGGCCCCCUAUGGUAUUUUUUGUCACUUAAAGGGGUACUCCGUCCCUGGACAUCUUAUCCUGGGGGUCCUGCCGUUGGGGACCCCUGCAAUCUCUUCUGCAGCACCCCCGCCCCUCAUGACGUCACACCCCGCCCCCUCAAUGCAAGUCUAUGGGAGGGAGUGUGACAGCAGCCACGCCUCCUCCCAUAGACUUGCAUUGAGGGGGUGUGGCCGUGACGUUACGAGCCUCUGGCGCCGAACCCCACGCUCUAAAUGAAUGCUGGGUGCAGCACGGAGAUCGCAGGGGUCCCUAGCGUCUGCGAUUAGACAUCUUAUCCCCUAUCAUUUUGGAUAGGGGAUAAGAUGUCCAGGGGUGGAGUACCCCUUUAAUAACAAAGUAUCGUCUCCCCCAAUUCUCUCUGGUCCUGCUGUGAGUGACGUGACCCCCCCACAAUGUGCCGUUCUCUGGAGACCCCAUUCCUGGGCCCCUCUAUAUCAGUGGCUUCUCUUAAUUUUGUUUGUUUUUCUUUAAAAAAAUUGUGAUAUUGUUAUUAAUA